UCGCCGAACUCGUAAUAGAACUAAAAUAAGAUAAAUCGGAAUAAAAUUAUGGCCUAACCCUAACCUGGUACACACACUACGAGAGUACCUAAAAAAGAACGUUAAGAGAGAGUUUAGGGGACCUUAAAAAACUUUGUCAUCACUAAAUUGAAGCUCGAUGCUGCGCGUGAUCGCACACGACGAGCGCAAGAAGCGGAAGAAACAAGUUUGAAAAGCACUCCGUCGAAUCCAGUGAACGGGAAUACAUAAGAUUUCGUUAUGGUCCAAAUGACACAAAAGUCUGUGGCAACCUAGAAUACAACUUGCACAGACUACGAUCAUAAGCUAGCAAGCCUAUUGUACCAUACCGAUUUCAAUGAAUAUUCUUAUGAAUAAACGCGACGUUGAAUCUAUGGAUGGGUGACCUUGUCGGGAUGAUAGUUGCGGCAGUUUGCAGACUUGUGAUUUUCAAUUUCAAACCAAACGAGAUUUGAAGAUCAAGUAUCCAAUGUUGUGAGGCAACAAACGUCAUUUAGUAGACAUUGGGUUUUUGUGGCGACAGAAUACCUUCUGAAUCAAUAUCUUGCAGUUAUCGGUUGAAAGAGUGUAAAAUUCUUUAGCAAACUUGAGGCGUAUAUGUUUUGUAGAAAUGAAGAAAUUACGACCAAAUCCAAUGUCUCGGGCAAAUAUAUUUUCCUACCUAUCCUAUUGGUGGUUGAACGACUUGUUUGCUGAAGGAUCCAAGCGGGCGUUACAAGAGUCUGAUAUGUUUGAACUUGAUGCUUCCAAUAUGUCGGCAGAAAUCACAAGGGAUUCGGAAAGAAAUUGGGAGAAAGAAAUUCAAAGAUCUGAGAAAGCAACUGAACCGAGUUUAAUUCGAGCAGUAGCAAUGACAUAUAGAAGAGGAUUUGUGUUAUGUGGUGUUUUAGCUUUUAUAGAAGAAUGCCUUCGAACAGCAGUACCAGUCUUGAUAGCAUAUCUCGUAAAAUACUUCGAGAAUCAAACGGUUACUCCAGUUUGGCAUGCAUAUGCUUAUGCCGCUGGAAUAAGUGUCUUUACAAUAUUAUUACCCUUUUUUCAUCAUCAAUAUCAUUACAUAGCGCAUAGAAUUGGAUGGCGUAUGCGUGCAUCAACCUGCGCUUUAAUGUAUAAAAAGACCCUCCGUUUGAGUCAGAAAUCAUUAAAUGAUACCACGACAGGUCAAAUAAUCAAUCUUGGAGCCACAGAUGUUCUUCGAUUUGAUUUGCUCCCUGGCUUUCUGCAUUAUCUCUGGGUCGGACCCUUGCAAUUUUUAAUUGUUGGAAUUAUACUCUGGCAAGAAAUUGGAAUUGCUGUAUUGUCUGGAAUGGGAGUCUUGAUUUUGAUCAUGUUUUUACAAACAUUCAGCGGACGGGCAUUCGGAAAAAUCAGAAGCAUGACAGCUGUACUUACGGAUGAACGCAUACGGCUGAUGAACGAAGUGAUAACUGGAAUGAGAAUUAUAAAAAUGUAUGCUUGGGAAAAACCAUUUGCAAAACUUGUUUUGAACACUAGGAGGAAGGAAGUUGAGAAAAUUCUUUUAUCGUCUUCAUUGAAAGCUUUUAAUUUCUGCUUCUAUGCAUGCCAAGAUAAAAUACUGACUUUUGUUACGUUAUUGGUGUAUGUUGCAUUGGGAGGUUCAAUAACAGCGUCGGAGUUAUAUCUUGUAUUGUUUGAGGAAGUUAGCCCAUGA